GUAUAUUCUUUCUUAGGCUUCCAAAAAGAAGGUAUAUAUGCUUUAUAACCUGCAACCAGAUCGAUCUGUGACUGGAGGAGCGUGGUACAGUGACCAGGAUUUUGAAUCUGAAUUUGUUGAGGUGCUUAACCAACAGUGUUUCAAAUUCUUACAAACCAAGGCAGAAACAGCCCGAGAAAGUAAACAGAAUCCAAUGAUACAGAGAAACAGUUCCUUUGCUUCAUCACAUGAAGUGUGGAAAUAUAUCUGUGAACUGGGAAUCAGUAAGGUAGAGUUGUCCAUGGAGGACAUUGAAACCAUCUUGAAUACACUUAUUUAUGAUGGGAAAGUGGAGAUGACUAUCAUUGCUGCAAAGGAAGGCACAGUUGGCAGUGUGGAUGGACACAUGAGACUGUACAGGGCAGUCAGCCCAAUCCUCCCACCUACAGGCCUGGUCCGAGCACCUUGUGGACUCUGCCCGGUGAGUGAGAGCUGCUGUACUUUCACCCUUUUACCAGCACCAUGUGCAAAUGUCAUAUGGAGAAACAGCACACACACCUGUAGGGUUCACAAGUAGCUGUUCAAGCCUCCAUGAAGGUGAUGAACAGGGCUUUAAUGGACAGGUCUUACAUUCAUUCUUGGGACUGUUGUUAGUCCUGAAAUGCAUAAUUUUUGGUGAAGAAUAGUCAGUUUACCUGUGUAGGGAGGAAAUGAGAUUUGUUGAGAAGCUACCAUGAGCUGGUCAUUCUUAGUGAUUUUCCUUUGUGAUCUCUUAUGUCCUUGAAGCUAGUAGUGUUAUUUUCCCUAAAGAAUGAGGGAACUUGGGGCUGGGGGUGUAAUUCAGUGGCACAGCACAUACUUAGUAGACACGGGACCUCCCACCACCCCCAGAUUUGAUUCCCCAGUACUCCCCCAAGAAGGAGGAGGAAAUGUAGACUUGGGGAGAACAUAUAGCUUAGAAUUAAAUAACAGGAUUCAAACUGAGAGAUGAUGUU